CGAUUAAACCCACUCACUUGUAGGCUUCGUUGAAAAAAAUGUUCAGGAGGAUAUUAUAAUUAACAUAUCUAAGCGGUGUUCCAUAAAAACAUUGCGUGUGACCAACUAAGUGUGAUUUUAAUAUUACGACAAGACACCGAUACGACCUUCGGCUCCGAGUGCAAACGAGAAAAUGAAUGGCUUAUACAGGGUAUCUAAUUUCGCACGCUAUAUUAGUAUACAUUUCGCCUUUCAAUCCUUCAGACGCUUUGACAAAAAAACGUCAGUAUCUGUGGGUUGUUACUAGAGCAAGGUCUGCAGCACUGCGGUUCACGGCCCGCCGAUAUGCGCUGGGUGAGAUGACUCAAUUUUUCCUUAUCAUUUUUUAUUACCACCUACUCCCCAAUGUAAAUGCUAUAUUUAAUUUUGCAACUCGGUCGACAACAUACGUCCAUUCAUAACGCUCUCAACGUUUCAGAAAAGUCUGGAAUUAACGAUACCUUGUCAAUUAGUGCUAUAAUUAAGUUACACAAUCACGUCGUGGUCGCUAGUCGAAACUUAGUGAUCCGUAGUAGGUAGAUAUCAGGGAACAAGGCCGAAUCGCCGGAGGCAGGCUGGACGCUAGGCUCGCGGCAGUCGUAGCGGCGCGCUCCGUGCACCACCAUGCGGGACGAGGAACCCCCCCUGCCGCCCGCCUCGCCGUCACCCGCACGCCCCGCGCCCUCGCGCCUUCGUCGCACUCUACACACGCUACGAACGCCGUUCCGGCCUGGUUCGCCCUUCCACAUCGGCUUGAUCAAGCGCACAGGCUCCUCCAAAUCCGUUGCCUCAGACGGUGAGAUCGGCCGCGACGAACGCACGAUGCGUAAGCGAAAUAAGAAAAACCGCGACGCGGCUAGCGACGCGUCACGCAGCACGGACAGUUCGCCCAGCGUCGACAAGAAGAAAAAGGAGGGAAAUACCUUUAUGCGCAGGAUGGGGAGCUUUGGUAAGAAACGUGCUAGUGAGUCACCACAACCACCUUCGGAAACUCAACCUUCAUCUGCAAAGUCAACUACAGCAGAGCCUACCGCAACAAAAUCAACCAUAACAGAGCCAAUCAAAGUAGAGCCAUCUACAGUAAACACAACCACAAGUGAAGCAACCACAAGUGAUCCAACCACAACAGAGCAAUCCCAAAUAACAUCCCCAGACCUGGAACUACCAACCCCUGAUCCGGUGAGUCCUAUUGCUGUAGAACACCCUGUUGCAACGAGACCAUUUUCAAAGUCGGCUUGGAAGCGCAACAGCGAGCCGGAAAUGGAAAAGCCUGUAGAGGACCCCAGCCCAGAGAAUGCACUACGCAGACGAAUUGCAUUUGUAGCUCAAGCAUCGGCUUGCCUUUCGGAGGACCACGAUGAUGGAGAGAGGGGAGGCGCCGAGGUGGGGUCACUGGAAGAGGCGGUGGCGUUGGCGCGCGUGCGGCUGUCGGUGCCUGCACCGCCCUCGCCGACACAGUCGCGCGACGACGACACGGAAGAGGAGGGGUACUCGGACGCGAUGCCCGCGUACGGAGACCUCAUCGAGCCCGACGGCAACGCUGGGAGCGACGGCGCACCGUCACACGCGUCACCCAGCGCAGAGCGUAGGGAGCACCUAUACAAGAUCCUGGUGAUCGGAGAGCUGGGUACCGGGAAGACGUCCAUCAUCAAGCGAUAUGUGCACCAGUUCUUUAGCCAACACUACAGAGCCACCAUUGGCGUGGACUUUGCACUGAAAGUUCUCAACUGGGAUGCGAACACUAUCAUCCGUUUGCAAUUAUGGGAUAUUGCAGGUCAAGAGCGUUUUGGCAACAUGACCCGUGUGUACUACAAGGAGGCUGUGGGCGCGUUCAUAGUAUUCGACGUGUCCAGGGUUGCGACCUUCGACGCCGUGGUCAAAUGGAAGAACGACCUGGAUGCCAAAGUUCAACUGCCUGACGGAUCACCCAUACCUUGCAUAUUGUUGGCGAAUAAGUGCGACCAACAAAAGGAAGGCAUAGUAAACUCUCAAGCCAAGAUGGAGGAGUACUGUCGCGAGAAAGGAUUCGCCGCAAAAGAACCACAAAAGAGAAAAGACGAGAGUGGUAGUGGUUCUUACAUCAGGGGCAAGUUUGUGAAGCUGGUCACUACCCCUAAUAUUCUAUUAAACGACAAACUACUCCAGAGCAACGACAACAGAGAUGGUGACAAAUUCGCGCUUGACCACAAGAUUGCAAACGGCGAGAACAGUCGGGAUGGAGGCUCCAAGUCCUGCUCGUGCUGACCUAUCACCGACCGCCAUUCGUAAAAUGGCCAAUCACAACGCGUCACACAAACGCUCCCCUACCUGAGGACCAAUCACGUUGCAUUCUAAAUUUUAAACUCUCUAUUUUUAAUAAAAUAUGCACUUUUUGUUUGAUUGACGUUAUUAAAAAAUAAUUUAGGAAUUAUGAGAAUUCGAUUUUUUUAAGUUAUAAUCUCAAAUGCAAUAUAAUCUGUUAUUUGACUCGACUAGACUUUGCCGCCAAUUUUCCUUUAUUUUUUUCUUUUCAUUAAGAACUAAUCUUUAUGUUUCCGUUCAAUCCUAUUAGGAUUUGUCUUCCUUUUAAGCUUUUUUACAACCUGAUCCUGUAUAUUUUAACAUUUAGUUUUUAUUUUUUGGAUAGGCCGCCAUUUCUCGUUUUUACGAGGUUGAUCAAAUGCCUAUGAUCGAAUUUAUUUUAUUAAGUCUGUAUUUUGACUAAGAAAGCUAUAUCUAUAGAGUCACUCGUGCCAUUUGGCUGAAGUCAUAAAUAUUAUGGUUUAUCAAGAAACGUGGAGGUACGGCUAAGAAAUUAACAGUUUAAAAUAUUAUGAUAUUUAAUAAAAUAUUGACAUUUUGACUAUUGUUUGAGAAGAAUUCUAUUUCUAUGUGAAUAUUUUAAACUGUGAUGUAUUCUUGUUCGUGCCUGCACUAUGGUUAUUGUAAUAAGUAUUAUCUACUUAUUGUAUGAAAGUGUGAGAGUUGUUACUGUAAAAUAAAAUGUUUAGUGAUGGAGUUCGUGUUGUUUUAUUUAUUU